GGACGGUUGUCAGUAGAGCUCAUUGAGAAAAAAAUUUUCAAAGUGUUGGCGGGCAGGUUUCUUCAGUAGGCAAGCUUACAAGCAAAACACACCUAAAGAGUAAAACCGAGAGUAACCGGGAAAGAUGUUAACUCCAGUCCUUGUAUUGUCCCUCGCCUUUUUCUUCUGUGAUGCUGCCCAAGGCCGCGUUGGCUUUCCAUUGCGCCGUUUUCCAAGCGAGGAUAAACUGCAAAUAAGAAAACGAAGCUCAGUGGAUGAAAGCGCAUGUCUGGAGGCCCAUAAUGCCAAGCGCGAUCUACAUAGCGCAUCGCCGCUGACCUGGGAUGGCAAUCUGGCCAGCAAAGCUCAAGCCUGGGCAAAUCACUUGGCUAGUAUUGGAUCUAUGCAGCACGAUCCGAAUGCUGACGAAGGAGAAAACCUGUUUGUAUCAUACAGUUCGGAGCCUCAUUGGAGUUCAUGCCAAGACGCGGUAGAGGAAUGGUACGCUGAAAUAAAGGAUUAUGAUUUCAACGAUCCUCGGUUUUCCUCUAAAACUGGUCAUUUUACGCAGGUUGUGUGGAAAGCAACUACUAAACUUGGGGUGGCGAAGGCGACAGCUCACCAAGGGGGGUUUUACGUAACCUACAUUGUCGCUCGAUAUUCUCCACCAGGAAACUAUCAAGGGCAGUUUGCUGAGAACGUUUCGGAAAACUGAAAAUGGUAAUGAAUGAAGCAAGUCGCUGGAUUCAGUUGAUGUAUGCCUAUUUGAACUGUCGUGCGCACCACAAGGACAAAAGACAGUUACACUUAUAGAACCAUUAUCAUAUUUAGUUAUAAUAGACAUCGUGACUAGAACACUGGUAGUUAGGAGCUUGAAACUUUGACCUUUUUAUUAUAAAGGGAUACCGAAUAAAACAAAAACAAAAACAAAAACAUUUGUAGACGUUUGACAACUCCUAACCGGCGGAAUAUUUGUCGCUUACUGAUUUUGGGACCUAUAUAUCCUCUGGAGAAAUUUCUUAUCGAAAGAUAUCUUGUGGUACUUGGUAAUCCUCGCACGACAAAAACCCCACCCCACCUGAAUAAAUUCAUAAUUCAUGUACUUGUAAUUUUUUCAAAAGGCUUAAGAUGAAAAGCUAAGAAAAAAAAAAAAAAGAAAAACAACAACAACAACACUGUGUGUGCGAAGUUAAGGAAAUGUCCCUCGAAAUUUAGCUGAAAAGAACUGAUUUUUAAAAAAUUACCCUUUUUUAGUUUCGUGCGCCAGUAUUUCUGUCAUGAUUAGAUAUAAUUGAUAAGAUGACUUCAGCAUUACAGGUUGGAGCUUGGUGCUAAGUGUUUCUUAGUGCUCAAUUUAUCGACCAGGGGCCCUUCUAUCGGAAAAGCUGAACAAUUCGUAACUAAAGUGGAAAGAGACUCCAAGCCAUUUAUCUCAUCUGAAACAAAUUAUUUCACAUCCUUAGUUGAUUAGUUCAAUUGUUUUUAAACUGUUUUCUUAGGUUCAAUGCGGGAAGGAGAUCUGCUAAAUUGACUUCGGAAUUACCUUUAAGUACUUAUUUAAAUCCGGCAAGACUGUACUUUAU